CCUAUUCUGUUUUACGAACGAGGUCAGCCAUACUACGAGUUUACCAAUUUCGCGCCGUACACGGUUGAGUUCGACGGAAAGGUAUAUCCUACGUCCGAGCAUCUAUUCCAGGCCUACAAGUUCCUGAAUACACGCCCGGAGCUCGCAGAACGCAUCAGGAGUGCACCCAGUCCGCGCGAGGCUCUUGAGGAAGCCACGAGAAUGCGAAAGCUCCAGCGCAGCGACUGGUUCGACGUCAACAUUGGUGUUAUGGAGCAGCUUCUAGAAGCCAAGUUCACACAACAUACCACUCUGCGCGACCUGCUUCUCGGAACAGGAGAAAGGGAGAUUGUCGAAGCUAGUCCAGUGGACGCAUUCUGGGGCUUUGGAAAGGACCGCCAGGGUAGAAAUGAGCUAGGAAAGGCUCUGAUGCGAUUAAGAGAUAAGUUACGUAAA